AUGUUAGACUCGCUGGACAAGGCGAGUCAAGCAACAGACAACCCAGCGGCAGAGAAACAGCAACAACGAACGGCAAACAAGCAAACUGACAGGCAGACAAACAGGACAGGCAAGAAAGCCAGCAGGCAACCCCAGCGGAAGCCGGCAAACAAGAAGAGCAGCCAACCGGCAGCAACAGCGAAGCAGCCAGACGAGCAAGCAGACGAAACGCACAGGCAAGCAAACGGCAACGACGAAAACCCAGCAAGAAAGCAACAGCAAGCAAAGCAAGCAACUGACAACAGCAAAACCAGCAAGCAACAACAACCAACCCAGAGACAGCGCAACAAAAACAACCGGGUUGAUACUGGCGACGCAGAGGAGAAAUUAAUCAAGUUUAGGUCGUACAAGGCCGCCAGAGAUCGUACGAAGCCACCAGAGGUCGUACAAGGCCACAAGAGGUCGUACGAGGCCGCCAGAGGUCGUACAUGGCUUUCAGAGGUGUGCGAGGCCACCAGAGGUCGUGCAAGGCCGUCAGAGGUCGUGCAAGGCCGUCAGAGGUCGUACAUGACAACUAGAGAUCGCACAAGAUCACCAGAGCAGCAACACGGAGCAGCAAGGAGCAGCAACACGGAGCAGCAAGGAGCAGCAACAAGAAGCACCAACACGGAGCAGCAACAAGAACCAACACGGAGCAGCAAGAAGCACCAACAUGGAGCAGUAAGGAGCAGCAACACGGAGCAGUAA